GCGGUAACCAGUUCCUGAGGCAGCACGGCGGGGGAAGGAUUGCCUGUGACUGGCCAUCAAGCGGGUGAUCUAUGGCCCGAGACGGGGAGACGACACCGCCGCAGUUUUAAGACCUUUCUCUUGCCAAAGGCCACUGGACGAAACCCAGGAAGGUGAAGGUUGACCCAGUUUUCUGAAUUGCUGCAAGAUGGGCAGCAAGGAGCGAUAUCACUGGCAGGCACAGAAUGUCAGGCACUCCGGGGUGGAUGACAUGGUACUGCUCUCCAAGGUUACAGAUGAUGCCAUUGUGGCCAACCUCAAGAAACGCUACAUGGACGAUUACAUCUUCACAUACAUCGGUCCUGUUCUCAUCUCUGUCAAUCCCUUCAAACCAAUGCCGUACUUCACUGACCAGGAGAUCGAGCUAUACCAGGGUGCGGCUCAGUAUGAAAAUCCCCCUCACAUCUACGCCUUGGCGGACAACAUGUACCGUAACAUGAUGAUCGACUGUGAGAACCAGUGUGUUAUCAUCAGUGGGGAAAGUGGAGCUGGCAAAACAGUGGGCGCCAAGUUCAUAAUGAGCUACAUCUCCAAGGUGUCGGGAGGAGGCCCCAAGGUUCAGCAAGUGAAGGAUAUCAUCCUGAAGUCGAACCCUUUAUUGGAGGCCUUUGGGAACGCAAAGACUGUGCGGAACAAUAACUCCAGCCGGUUUGGCAAAUACUUUGAGAUCCAGUUCAGCCGGGGUGGGGAACCGGACGGGGGCAAGAUCUCCAACUUCCUCUUGGAGAAAUCCCGGGUAGUGUCGCAGAAUCCUGGGGAACGCAACUUCCACAUCUACUACCAGCUGCUGGAGGGGGCAGAUGCGGAGGAGAGGACAAACCUGGGUGUGACGACACCUAAUUAUUACUAUUACCUCAACCAGUCGGCCACCUACAACAUCGACGAUGUCAGUGACAAGCAGGAGUUUGCUGAGACAUUGAACGCCAUGACGGUGAUCGGGCUCUCCCCGAGCGAGCGUACCAGUGUUCUUCAGAUCGUGGCCGGCAUCCUUCACCUUGGCAACAUCGCCUUCCAGGAGGAGGGCAACUACGCUGUGGUGGAGAGCGAGGACUUCCUCGCCUUCCCUGCCUACCUGUUGGGCAUAGACCAGGCGGGGCUGAAGGAGAAGCUGAUCAGCCGCACCAUGGACAGCAAGUGGGGUGGCAAGUCGGAGACCAUCGAUGUAACCCUGAACGUGGAGCAGGCCAACUUCACUCGUGACGCCCUGUCCAAGGCGCUGUACGCCCGACUCUUCGACUACCUGGUGGAUGCCAUCAACAAAGCCAUUCAGAAGGACCACGAAGAGUUCAACAUCGGAGUGCUCGAUAUCUACGGCUUCGAGAUAUUCCAGAGGAACGGCUUCGAGCAAUUCUGCAUCAACUUUGUCAACGAGAAGCUGCAGCAGAUUUUCAUCGAACUGACCCUCAAAGCUGAACAAGAAGAAUAUGUGCAGGAGGGGAUCAAGUGGACACCCAUCGAGUAUUUCAACAACAAGGUUGUGUGCGAUCUCAUAGAGAACAAGAGCCCUCCCGGCGUGAUGUGUAUCCUGGAUGACGUCUGUGCCACGAUGCACGCCAAGGGCGAAGGUGCAGACCAGACCCUCCUGAAGAAGCUGCAGUCGCAGAUCGGCAGCCAUGACCACUUCAACAGCUGGAACAAGGGCUUCAUCGUCCACCACUACGCAGGCAAGGUCUCGUACGAUGUGGAAGGCUUCUGCGAACGGAACCGAGACGUCCUCUUCACCGACCUCAUUGAGCUAAUGCAGAGCAGUGAACUACCGUUCAUUCGGGACCUGUUCUCGGAAAACCUGCACGUGGACAAGAAGGGGCGUCCGACUACAGUCAGCAGUAAGAUUAAGAAACAAGCCAAUGACCUGGUGACCACGCUGAUGAAAUGCACCCCUCACUACAUCCGCUGCAUCAAACCCAACGAAACCAAGAGAGCCAAGGACUGGGAGGAGACCAGGGUGAAGCAUCAGGUUGAGUACCUGGGACUGAGUGAAAACAUCCGCGUGCGACGGGCUGGCUACGCCUACCGAAGGCUCUUCCACAAGUUCCUCCAGAGGUACGCCAUCCUGACCAAGGAGACGUGGCCGAGCUGGAGGGGCGACGAGAGGCAGGGGGUGACACACCUGCUGCGGUCGGUCAAUAUGGAUCAGGACCAGUUCCAGCUUGGGAAACACAAGGUGUUCAUCAAGGCACCGGAGUCGCUCUUCCUGCUGGAGGAGAUGCGGGAGCGGAAGUUCAACAACUUCGCCCGGGUGAUCCAGAAGGCGUGGCGCAAACACAUCGCCGUCCGGAAGUACGUCCGGAUGCGGGAGGAAGCUUCGGACGUGGUCCUCAACAAGAAGGAGAGGCGGAGGAACAGUAUUAACCGGAACUUUGUGGGCGAUUACAUCGGCAUGGACAGUCGCCCGGAGCUGCGGCAGUUCCUGGGACGCAGAGAGCGCAUCGACUUCGCACACACCGUGCUUAAGUACAACCGCAGGUUCAAGAGCAUGAAGCAGGACCUGAUCCUCACGCCGCACUCCCUCUACCUGAUCGGCCGAGAGAAGGUGAAGCAAGGGCCCGAGAAGGGCACGAUCAAGGAAGUGCUGAAGCGGAAAAUCGAAAUUCCAAAGAUCCAGUCGGUCUCCCUCAGCCCCCUUCAGGAUGACUUGCUCAUCGUGCACGAGGCGCAGUACGACAGUGUGCUGGAGUCCACCUUCAAGACCGAGCUGCUCAGCCUCCUGUGGAAGCGAUACCAGGAGCGGGCGCAGAGGAAUCUGCCCCUGAGGUUCAGCAACCUGUUGGAGUUCAAGGUGAAGAAGGAGGGCUGGGGGCCGUGGGCAGCGGCAGGGACUCGCCAGAUCCAGUUCCGGGUGGGACAGGGCAAUGUGGCAGUGCUGAAACCCACUAACAAGCUGCUGGAAGUCAGCAUCGGACCUGGGCUGCCCAAGAAUGCCAGGCCGACAAGGAAAGACAAGAGAAAGAGUGCCUACAUAAAUUCAAGGCAACAGCUCCCUGCUGGUGACGUCCAGGUUACGACCCCGAGGCAGGACCCUCGCGCGGGACCCUCUCCACUGGACGCCCGUGUCCAGGGGAACUCGCUUCACCGCCAGACCAGCAUGGAGCAGCCGACCUUGCCCCGGCACGGGGCGUCGACGCGGGCUCAGGCCCACCCUGAGCAGCAGAACCUGGACUUCAUGAAUGUUCCUGACCAGGGCGUGGCAGGCUUACACAGGCGGAUGUCAAAGGAGGUGAAGCCCGUCCCGGGGGGAGGGCGCUCCAAACCCAAGCCCCGCCCGAGGCAGGCUCGUUGCCAGGCUCUUUACGCCUAUGAUGCACAGGACACUGACGAGCUGAGCUUCAACGCGGACGACAUCAUCGAGAUUGUACAGGAAGAUCCGUCUGGAUGGUGGGUCGGUCGAAUUCGAGGCAAGGAGGGUCUACUGCCAGGGAACUACGUGGAGAAGAUCUAAAUCCAGGACAGAGAAAAAAAUCCCAAACCCAGAGGGCAAAGGGGUGGGGUGGGUUGGAGGUGGCUACCACAGGCAUGGCUGAAAUUUGGGGGAAGGUAAUGCUCCUGGAGAAAGAGAGGGGUCUUUAAUAACUGGAGCUGCCCUCAAUGCCUGGAAUCAGGGCCAAAUACUGCCGGGAUUCAGCUCCCACCACCCUGAAGCUCACUCCAGCAAGGUGCCAGUAUUUGAUAAUCGUUGGUGGGUGUGUGUGGCCCUGGGUAGAAGGGGUCUUCUCAGACUCCCACCCUCCCAAUCCCUGCCAUGCGAUCCUUCAGUUUGUUGUAGGCUGAACAUUUAUUAAUUAAAGAAAACAGAAUUGA